AUGUGUGUCAUAUUCAUUAGUAGUGCACAACACAUUAAUGGUGGAUAUCGAUUGAUUGUUGCAUCUAACCGAGAUGAAUAUUAUAACCGUCAGACGUUGCCAGCAAACUAUUGGACAGAGGACCAGGACGUCAUUGGAGGACGUGAUUUGGCGACAUCAAAUGAGGGUGGCACUUGGUUGGCUCUUAAUAUCCGUGGUAAGUUGGCUGCUCUAUUAAAUGUGUUUGAACUAGACAAAAUACCAAACGCUAAAUCAAGAGGCCAACUGGUUGAGAACUUUGUUAAAGGCAAUUCUUCAGCCCUAGAAUAUUUGCAAGAAUUGCAAGGAUCGCAAAAUGUGUAUAAUGGAUUUAAACUGAUCACUAUUACCAUGAGUAAAUUAUCUUUAGAAACACAUUUCUUUACCAAUUUUGUACAAGAUGGAGGACCUACUAUGAAACACCUACAAAAAGAUGUACAAGGAUUUGGAAAUGGACCAUUUUUAAAAGUGGCAGAGGGAGAGAAACGUUUCAAUGACAUUGUUAAGAAAUAUGGACAUAGUCAUAAUAAAGAUACAUUGAUCAAAGAACUGCUAGGAGUCUUGAAAUGGGAUAAACUACAUUAUCCUGAUGAAGAGUUGAUCAAACGAACUCCAAAAUUCCCUGGAACUGAUAACCAGAAGAAAUUUAGUUCCAUUUUUGUAGAAAUGCCAACUCGACAAUACGGAACUCGAACACACACAAUAAUACUAUUGGACCACGAUGGAAAAGUAGAAUAUAACGAAUGGACCAAGUCUGGUUCAAUUUGGAAUCAUCAAUGUUAUACGACCGCACUAAAAUGUUAA